AUGGCCUCGACGGUGACACUAACCGAAUUUAUCGUGAACCUUAAAGGCAAAUUUACUUGCUACUAUUGUAAGGGGUAUUUAAACAAUCCCAAGACCCUACCAUGUCUCCACAGUUAUUGCAGCGGCUGCCUUCGUCGAUUAGAAAUGGCAAAUCUAGGAGGAGAAACAACAAGGUGCCCGUUAUGUAAAGCCCCAAUUGAGUUGCCUGACGGUGUAAAUAUUGAAAACCUUCCUUCGCCGAUGUACCUGAUUCGACUGCAAGAAAUGCUAAAGAUACGAAAUAACAAUCCUGAGCUGGCGUGUGGAAGCUGUGAUCGAAAAUCAGCCGCUAUUUCUUAUUGCUCCGAUUGUAAAUGCUUCGUGUGUGUAAGUUGUGUUGAAGUACACGAGCGAAUUAAAGUGAUGAAACUUCACCGCAUUAUUGAGCUAAAGGAUUUCUCGGCUAAAGAUCUUUCGUCGUUGAUACAAGCUCCUCUCUCGUGCACCCAAGAAGGACACAAGAUGGAAGCAUUGGAUCAGUUUUGCAAGGACUGUGAGAAACAGGUUUGCGACAAAUGCUCCGCGUCUUCGCACAGGGGUCAUAACGUGGUAAUGAUCAGCCAAGCGAGCAGAGAAAGCAAGAAGCGUAUAUGUCAUGCCAUGGAUGAUUUGCAAGAUAAAAUGUUAUCUUGCCGCGAAGAUAUCAGGCGCGUAGACCAAAGCUACAAGACUGUGGAGCGGCGAGUGAUCACAGCGAGGCAGGAAGUACAGAGGAAGAUUGAAGAACUCAUUGGUUUUCUAAGAAAGCACUGUGACUCUACUCUUACUGAAUUGGAGGGUAUUUACAGAGAUCAGCAAGUUUCCAUAAUAAAGCAUCGUAAAGAGCUGGAGCUGCAGUUAAGUCAAAUGCAGAGGGCUCAUGAGUAUGCUAAAGACGUUCUGGACAGGGACAUUGGGGGAGAAAUAUUGGACAUGGAGCGGCCUGUUAAGAGACGCUUUCAGCAGCUUAUUACAAUGAAAACGAAUACAUUAUCACAGUCUCAAAGGAGCAUUAACGUGGACUACAUCCCUGAUCGGAAUGUUCUGAGGACUCUUAAGGAAUCUGAGCUCGGGCGAAUUUUCGUUAGCCACACCGACCCUGGGAAUUGUACAGCUGAGGGCGAGCACAUGACUCAGCAUCUCACUGGUACCGGAGAAAGAAUCGAGUUUACAAUUUACACGAAAGACUCCGAUUGCAAACCGAGUUAUUCUGAAAACGAUCGCGUUACAGUGCGCAUCCAAUCAAAACAAGGCACGGCGAUUCCCACAAGAAUCGAGGACAAGAAAGACGGUAGUUACGUGGUGAGUUACACACCGUUAAAGACUGGCGUUUACCAGAUUGACGCCAGGGUUCGUGGCGAGCCAAUUAAAGCAAAUCCCUUUACAGUUCACGUUACUACAAGAGCGGAGUAUCUGAAAGCUAGUCGGAUAGAUUUGGAAAACGCCGCUAGACCUCAAGAAUACAAACCCCUGAUAUCAUUUGGCCUUACCUCCAAUCAAAACAGUCUACAGCUCAAACGGCCAUGUGGGAUUGCAGCGAGUCCCUCUGGGGAGGUUGUUGUAGCCGACUCAUGGAAUCGUCGUAUUCUUGUUUUCAACCGACACGCAAAGUUUGUUACUCAGUUGGAAGGUAGCUACGAUAUGACAAAUCCAGUUGGAGUCGAUUUUGAUUCCGAGGGUAACAUUGUGGUUUCCGACAGCGACAAUCAGAUGGUAAAUGUCAUAGAUCGAUCUGGCGUGACCCUAAAGACGUUUGGAAGCAAAGUACUGGAUUGUCCGUGGGGAGUUUGCGUCACAGCAGAGGGCAAAAUUGCUGUGUGUGAUUGGGGGAGUGCAUCCAUAAAAGAAUUCUCACAACAAGGAAAGCUGAUCAAAGAAUUCAGCAGUAGCUUUUCAGCCAAACCGUAUUACAUCAUUCAUCACAAUGGCAAGUACUUCGUCACAUUCGAUACGCAUUGUGUGGAAGUAUUCAAGAAUGACGGCGGCUUCUUGUACAGGGUUGGCGAAAAAGGCUCCGGUGAAGGACAGUUAAGAGAUCCAAGAGGAAUGGCUAUAGAUAGCCAAGAAAAUCUUGUUGUCUGCGAUAGCGGAAAUCACCGGCUUCACGUUUUUACCACGGACGGAAAAGCAUUCACAAUAGGUUCCAGAGGCAGAGAGUUGGGACAGUUUGACAAACCUCAAGACGCUGUUGUAGCAUCUGAUGGCAGACUGUUCGUUACUGAUUAUAGUAAUAAUCGCGUGCAGAUAUUUAAAAAUAAUUAG